AGUCUUCAAUGAUGCAAUCACAUCAGUCAUUAGGAGUUAGCGUUGGUUCGGUUCUGUAUAUUGAAGAUAUCGAGGAUGAGGGAGCCUGUCUCAGCCGUAUAAACUUCUUUGUCAGCAGGGAACUGAAAAUAUUGGGUAUCACUGAGAUAAUGAUUGGAAUAGUUCAGAUGGUGUUCGGUCUGCCACUGAAUUUUACCGAAAGUUACGUAUUUGCUGUUUUAAUCGGGAUUCCCUGGUGGACAGGAAUUUGGUAUAUCAUAUCAGGAUCACUGGUGGUUGACAUUAUAAACACAUCAAACACCCACCUCAAACAAGUCAUUUUCCUGAUGCACGCGAUCAGUGUCGUUGCAGCUUUAAUUGGUGUAGCAGCUUACUUUGUCUCUCUUUACAUGAUGCCACCACUGAGCACCAACUUCUUCCUAAGGGGGCCCUUGAUUUUGAUUUUCUUCCUCAUGACGCUGUGCUUUCUGGAGUUUAUCAUCGCUGCCAUAGUCUUGUUCCUUCACUGCACACUCCUUGUACAUGAACAUAAUGUGACGGGUUCCAAUAGGCGUUUUACAAGUCACCAUUGAAGUUGGGCGUCACCGAAUGAGCCAGGACUCACUUGGACCACCAGAGAGUCAGACUGAAGACAAUCAGCACUCUGCACCCUGCCCAAGGCCUUGAUUUUGCUUGUACAAAAAUGCCCAGAUCUCGAAGUCGAAUGGGUGUUUGGGGGCGUGUGGAUUCCUGAGGUUGGAGGGAACGAGUAGAGCCCAGUUGUCCUUGUGAAGAAGAAAUAAUUCCUGUAUAAAGGGCCCUUGCGCUUGUACCCAUCUUUUCCAAGUUUCCAAUCACAAUCUGAGAGCCUGUCCUCCUUUUUCUAACACAUUGAAAGGAGACAGCAGUGUCAUGCUGUAUUUUGUGAGCUACCUCUGCAACAGGAGGGAAGGCCUCUGCUCCUGCAGUUUGUAACCAAAACAGUGUUGAUUUUACAUCUAUUAAUAAACGAAAUGUUAU